UCCAAGAACUUCAAAUCUCUUUUUGUCAAAGUCCGCUCGGCUGAGUCUGAGUACCCUUUCUAUUUGGAUGGUGAGUUGAGCGAGAAAUUUCCUCUCUACUGGUGUUCUGAACCGACUUAGAUCCUCGAGGCUUCUGAGAGGAGUGAGGAAGAGGAGUUUGUGAUGAACUUUAUUGUGGAGAGUGUUGCUGCUGGGGAAUGCUUGUCCAUCCCUGAAAUUUUGCGUUUAUAUGAUUUGGGUGAUAAUGAGGGUCUUAGGGCUUACAUAGGUAAUGUUUUUGGUGUUUUGUUAUUAAGUAUUGGGCAUUUGCCGAGUUUGUCUGACAUUUGGUGGUUUCUUUUAGGUGGCCGAGUUCCCUUGUUGGAUCCGAACAAGCUGCAAUCUUUCUUGAGUAAGAAAAAGGAGAAAGGGAUUGGGAGUGCUGGUGAUCGGAAGGAUGCGUGCGAGCAGGCUUUCUCGUCUGUUGCGCAUCCUGCGUCUUCAUUUAAAAGGAAGAGAGACGAUACUUCCUUAGAGGUUAUUUCCGAAGGUGAUCGUGAGGUUGUAGGUGGUGGCGGAGUUGCUUUGAUCAGCAGAAAAAGCUUCAUGGCUUCAUUGCUGGUUCUAGCUCGCACUCCCUUUGGAACGAACAGUUUAAUUUUGCGGAGCUUUCUGAUAGGGCCUCGCAGUAUCCUGGGGACAUGCUUAUGACGCGCCGAGCUGGAAUGGAAGCGCUCGGUAAAUUUGUUCAGGUGGUUGCUUCUCGCUUACUCUGCGUUGGUCGGACUGUUGAGUGCGUUGGUGCUGAUCAGCAAGAAGCUGUGAACAAGGUCUCUUCCAUGGAGAAGUCAUAUACAGCUCGGAUUGCUGAUUUGGAGAAGGUUGUAAAGGAAAAGGAAGAUGUUGCUACCAGUGCUGUGGCUAAAGCGAAAGAAGCUGAGGAUGAGGUGGUUCGUUUAAGAGAUCAAAUCCGUUUGUUGCAAGUUGAAGUUAUGGAGCACGACGUGGCCAAAGGUCGGCUUACUUCCCGUGUUCAUGAGCUAGAGGAGGCUGGGAUGGAGAUGUUCUCUUAUGGUUUUGAUCGUGCUGUGAGUCAGAUUGCCCUGUUAGCCCCUAAUUUUGAUUGUGAUAAGCUCGAUAUUACAAAGAUAGUUGUAGGUGGAAAGUUAGUUGUGGAUGGUACUGUGGAGGAGCACGAUGAGAAUGCUCCUUCUUAGUUUGUUUGUAUUUGUGGCUUUUGUUUUGACUGUCUGAGCUCUAGACUGUUAAUUUUUUGGACUUUGUAUGGUAUUUGGCCGAUGUUAGGCCGGUUUGACUAUUAGGUGGUGGUAUUUGGCCGACGUUUCAGGCCAGUUUGAUAAUAUAAUAUAUUUAUAGUAAGUGUUUUUGCUUUGUUAUAUUUUGUCAUUGUCAGGCUUUAUUUGAAAAGAAUUUACCGCUUUUAUUUGGAUUCGGGGGGCGUCCGGCCUCAUUAAAACCCUCCUUAGGCAAAACCCUUUCGUUGGGAAAAAAGCUCUAAGGAGGAAAAAGAGUACCUUCAUUCGCAUUUUGUACAAACUAUGACAUAUACAUUUUGAGUGAUGAGAUGUUCCAGUUUCCUGGGAUGGCAUUGCCUUGUAAUGUUUGGAGUUGAUAUGCCCCCUUGCCGAGUACUUGGGUAACACGGAAGGGGCCUUCCCAAUUUGCGGCGAGUUUGCCAUGAGCUGGAGGUCUUCUGGCUUCCUCUGUUCGCCUGAGCACAAGGUCGCCUUUGUUGAAUAUCCUCGGAAUCACCUUCCUGUUGUAUUUUCUUUCUAUUAUUCUUUUCUGGGCCCUUUGUUUGAUAGCGGCGAUUUCCCUGUCCUCUUCGGCUAGGUCAAGCUCGACGCUCCUGGCUCUUAGGUUUUGUUGUUCGUCGUAC